AUGGCCAACCAGCAUUCAGCGCUGCAUGAGACCCAACACUUAGAACUGUUAAACCAAGCGGUCUUAUGGUUCCACUGGAUCCUAGAGGUUUGCAUGGGGCAUGGAAUGCAAAUAAAUCGAAUUGCUCUGAACUGUGAGUGGGUGGGGGUGGAGCCUUUACCAGAGGUGUGGGAUGAAGAUGAGGUUGCUGAGAAUGAGCCAGGGGAAGCCUCUCGGGAAGGGAAUGAAUCAUACCAGCCCUUCUCCUUGUCGAGUUUGUCGCCCAUCAGCGAAAAUGAGCACAAACCAUCGAAGGUGGGGUCUCGACUACAUUCUCGAGCGCGUGGCAUCGCGCUACAAGGUGGACGCACAGGAGGUGUUGGACAAAUGGUUGGAGAAGCGAGAGAAGUACCACUUGCGCCACCCUCUUGGAGGUUGAAGGCGAUUCAGCAACGUUCACCGGUCAUUGAACCCAAUCAUAGCGACCUUGUCCCAGAGAUCACCACUAUCAAGGACAACACUAUCAAGGACGACACUAUUAAUGAUGAAGACGCAGUCAGCAAUGCCACUACCGAGGACAAAGGAGAAAUUGAUGAGCUUUUCAGUUCGCAGCUGCAGGAACAAACAUAA